UACUCUCUCAUUCUCUGGUCUCACACAGCACUGGCAACAUGAAGCUGCAGGUCGUCGUGCCGCUGCUCGCUCUGCUCACUCACACUUUGGCUGCUGAAGAGUCCUGUAUGGGUCGCUGUGAAAAUGGCUUUGACUCUCAGAGGCAGUGCCAGUGUGACUCCAUGUGCAAGUAUUACAAGAGCUGCUGCUCUGACUUUGACGUCACCUGCGGGAUGAUGACUCGUGGAGACACAUUUUCCUUUGCAGAGGAUGAUGAUGAUGAUGAUGAGGCGAUUGAAGGCACCACACCCUCUUCCAGACAUUCGGCACAGUCUUCUACUACAGUCAGUAGUCAGAUGACACCCACACAACAGCCCGCCUCUGACUUCAGACCACAGCAGCCUCCAGAAACCUCAGUAGAAAUGAGCAAACCGCCACGACGCACGGACACCAUCUUUCAGAGAGUCCCCGUAAGACAGAGGACACCCACUUCACCCACUGUCCUCUUCACAACCCUCGUCCCUGAGACUGACACAGCAGCUGAGACGACCACUGUCCCGGUCACCACAGGCCCCACUGAAGCCCCUGACCCAGACGCUGAAGUCUGCAGUGGGAAUCCGUUUGAUUCUUUCAUGCAGCUGAAAAAUGGCUCUAUAUUUGCCUUCAGAGGGAAGUAUUUUUUUGAACUGGACAACAAGUCAGUUGCGCCUGGUUAUCCAAAGCUCAUUAAGGACGUGUGGGGCAUCGACGGGCCAAUCGACGCUGCUUUCACUCGAGUCAACUGUCAAGGAAAGACCUACAUCUUCAAGGGAAACAAGUACUGGAGGUUUGAUAAUGGCGUCCUGGAAGAUGAUUAUCCAAGAGCUAUCAACGUGGGCUUUGACAAAAUCCCUGAUCACGUGGAUGCAGCUUUUGCCCUCCCUGCCUCUGGUCACCACGGAAAAGAGAGAGUUUAUUUUUUCAAAGAUGAUCAGUAUUACAUGUAUGAGUUUCUGCACCAGCCGUCACAUGGGGAGUGUAUCACCAUGUCUGAGAGGUUCCCCUCCACACUGUUCAGGCGCUACACUGACAUGUACGACAACAACUAUGAAAGUUUCUUCAGCGAGCUCUUCUCUGACUUGCCUCAGCAUCAUGACCAUCACCACUUCAUCAACAAAGACUGGAAGGGCCUCAAGUCCCCGGUGGAUGCUGCCAUGGCAGGCAGGAUCUAUGUGACUCCCCGGAGGACGGCGCCACGCCGCAACGACUACAACCGUGACCAGUGGUGGAGCCAGCAGUAUGGACAGCAGUGGGGUCGCAGGAGGCAAAGCCGUUCACCCUUCUGGGGCUCCAUGGCUGAGCAGGGGAUGAACAUGGGUCAGGAGAUGGCUGAAAGGGGGAUGGAGCUGGGACGGAGGUUGGCAGAGAGGAGAAUGGAAAUGGAGGAGAGGCUUGGGCGAGACUGGGACAGAAGGCGGGACCAGGACUGGGACCAGGACAGACGGAGAGACCGAUACAACCAGAACAACAGGGGCAACUACGACUCCAGAUAUGACUGGUCGCACUGGGACAGACAGAGGAAUCUGCCCACCCAGAGCGUCUUCUUCUUUAAAGGAGAUAAAUACUACAGAGUGGACCUGAGUACCAAGAGAGUGGACCCUGCCAUGCCUCCAUAUCCCAGAUCCAUCGCUAACUUCUGGCUUGGCUGCUCAGACACCAAAGGAGCAGAGAAGUAAUAUUGCGGUACAUUUUCACUCAGUGCUUGCUGCAAAAUAUGUGUCAGACAUGUUCAGUGUAACAAAUGAACUUUAGUGAAUAUCGAUUAGUGAGAUCCAUGUGCUGCUUGUUGUGGUCAAAGUUCAACAGGUUGAGCUUCUGAACUCUGACCUCCUUCUAUCAAACACGACUGAUAGUGUAAAACUGUAAAACAUUGUUUAUUUGAAACACUCAUCAUAUUUUAUACAUUCACAGUUUGUCAUUUAAGUGUGUUGAAUCCAUUAAAAAAGAAGAUGACUGUG